GACCACUGCAGCGACUAACUGAUUACCUGCAUAACUAACUGACUUGGACUACUUUGCCCGGUCUAUUCGAUCCACUUGCUAUUUUUCCCCCUCCUGACAAACAAAGAUCCCUGCUCUCUGGUGCAUCUAACCUACUGGUUUCCCUGCGACUCGGUGUCAAUGGCCCCUUCGAGUUAAUCUCGCCACCCCUAAAGUGUCUCAACGGGUACACUUCCCGACUAUCCGUCAAACAAAAACUCCAGCAAACUAUCCCCCGAUCGCAACGCAAUGUUUCACACGUUUGAAGGGUUCGAGAACCCAACUCUUCCGGCUGCUGUGCGCGGACGCAAUCAACGUCAACAAUCUGUCGGUCGCCGAGUCACGACGCUCCGCGCCUGCACAUCUUGUCGGCACCGAAAAAUAAAGUGUGAUGGCGAAAAGCCAUGUGAAGCAUGCAGAUGGUAUAAAAAAGCAGACUUGUGUCAGUACUCUGAUCCUCGGCCAUCUCGCAGCAGGCAUGUGGAGAAACUGUCGACCACACUCGAUGAAUUCAGGGGAGUGCUUGACAAGCUCUUCCCUGGCAUUCCGGCGGAGACCCUGGUCAACUUGCCUCGGGACAAGCUUCUGGAGCUGACAGGCAAGGGGCCUUCCCAGAUGCAGACGCAAGCGCCACACCCGGCAUCCCCAGCAACCUCGGCAUCGGUAGAGGCUCACGCAUCGCCAGCAUCCAGCGAAGACGGCAAUCUCGAGUCUCUACAGACAAUACCUGAUCACACAACUGAUGAUCGUGAAUUGAAAGGUUCUGAGCUAACGAGUACCGUAUCCGACGACGUUAACGCUUUAUCUCUCUCGGCCAAACAGCCAUCUUCCUAUUUGGGUGUCUCUUCCAUCCAUGCUGUGCUAAAGGUAAUAGUAUGGCUGGAGCCGAGCUCUCUCUCUCAUUUGUCUCGCGCACCCGCCACAGGAGUCCGUCGAGAAUCUGUCAUGGACAUUGCAUCUCCAGAGGCCCAGGCCUGGCAGGUUUUUGGGUCACAGCCCCAUCAUGGCACGUCCACCCAUAGCCCACUCCAGGUUCCCGAGACUCAACUGCUCGAUGCUUACUUCACCUACUUCCAACCUUUUGUUCCAAUGCUGGACGAACAAUAUUUUCGCCAAACGUAUCUUUCUGCGCGCAGGAAAGACAAGCAAUGGCUCGCGUUACUUAACAUUGUCUUUGCUUUGGGCAGCAUAGCAGCCACCCCGGCCGACGACAUGUCCCAUCAAGCAUAUUAUAUGCGGUCUAUGAGCCAUUUGAAUUUGGAAAGCCUUGGAUCACCACACGUGGAGACUAUCCAAGCUCUGGGCCUCAUGGGUGGCUAUUACCUUCACUAUAGCAGCCAACCCAACCUCGCGUACUCCAUGAUGGGAGCCGCGUUGCGCAUGGCGGCUGCUCUGGGGCUACAUAAGGAAGUGUCAGAUGGCCAGUAUGGCAAUGGCAGGAAUAGGCUAUCUUCAGUUGACCAUAAACGUCGGGUAUGGUGGUCUCUUUUCUGUCUGGACACGUGGGGUGGCAUGACCUUGGGACGGCCAAGCAUGGGUCGGCUGGGUCCAGCAAUCACCGUUAAGCUACCACAUUACAGAGAAACAGGCAAUGUGCUCGACCUUCUACCACUUUUGGAAAAUGUUCGCUUUUGCAAGAUCGCGACACAGAUACAGGAGGUCCUGGCCGUGGCACCGCUGACAAAACCUCACGAAAUGGCACAUCUUGAUAGCCAGCUCUUGGAAUGGUAUGAUAACCUUCCUUAUAUUCUUAAAGACCAUGAGCCAUGCUCUGAGUCGAUUGCGAUCACGAGAACCGUCAUGAAGUGGCGCUAUUACAACCAACGCAUGCUCUUGUAUCGCCCCACCCUGCUCAGCUAUGCCAUGCGCCGCGUACCAUACAUUGUGCUCAGGUCUGAAGAAAGGACGGCAAUUGAAAGAUGUAGGGAGAUUGCCGAGGCUACCAUACAAGAUGUAGCCGCCAAGGCACAAUUCCAUCAGAUGUCAGGCUGGAACGCAGUAUGGCUUAUCUUCCAGGCUGCUAUGGUCCCUCUUCUAGGCUUGUUUCUCAAUGAUGGUACGGUUGAUGAUCCAAGAGCGACAGCUGAAGCGUGCCAGGCUCAAGUGGAAACAACAAUGCUUGUCCUGGAGCGCUUGGAACCUUGGAGUCCAGCCGCCAAAUCAACGCUCGAGGCUGUUUUCCGAAUAUUUGAGGCUGGUAAACGUGGCCCCAGCGUCAUCGGGGAAGCCCACAGCAUUAACAGCGGUAGCUGUGUAACGUCUACUGAAGAGACUCUUGGCGCAGUUCCUGGGGUAUCUCCGAUGCAAGUCGACUUUGGUCGCGCUAUUCCACACGACAGUGGAUUUGUCGACCCAUUUGAACCCCAGUUUAUCAAUGAUUCUGCUGGACAGUAUCUAUGGGACUUUCUUAGUUGGAGCGAUAGCAACUUGUUGCAGGGUUUGGCUGAUAUUGACAAUGUCAACAAUGGACCACUGUUUCCCCAGGAGGAGAGAAAUGCAAAGUAUGGAUCCAGCGACACUGCGUUUUUUGGAGGCCAAUUGGGAGAUUCAACAUUUUUUAUCAAUUCAGGGCCGUCCUUCUACUAAGCUGUACUUACAGGGUGCAGCCUUAUCGCUGCCGGUGUUCACUUUUGUCACAUGGUGUUCUAUUAUUCACUCGCUCUAUGUUUGUUUUGUCGUUCCCCGCCAUAUGUUAG